GUUGGUGUUCUGACGUUUCUUUUAUUCGUCAUAUUCCGAGUCCGUAAACCAGCGGGCUACCCCCCGGGUCCGCCGGGAUGGCCCGUGCUCGGCAACCUCCCCAGUCUGGCCCGGAACGCCCACCUGCAGCUGACGGCCUGGCGUGGGACGUACGGGGACGUCUUCAGUGUGAAGAUGGGUCUACAGGACGCCGUGGUGGUCAGCGGGAAGGACGCUAUCAGGGAGGCCCUGGUCAGGAAGGCCGAGCACUUCUCCAGCAGACCAGACCUGUUCCUGAUGCGCCGUAAUAACCAUCGGAAUGGGCUCGUCAUGCGUCCCUACGGUGAUGGGUGGAAGAUUCUCCGUCGAUUCAGCGUGUCAACACUUCGUUCCUGCGGUAUGGGCACGGGCACAAUCGAGGAGAAGAUCAGGCUAGAGUGUCAGCAUUUCUGCACAGCGCUGGGAGAGAAGGUAGAUCAACCUUUCGACCUGACCCACCUUCUCCACAACGCCGUGGCCAACAUCAUCUGCUCAAUGGCGACAGGGAAGAGGUUUGAAUACGGAGACCCAACCUUCCUCCGUCUGAUGGAGAUUGUGGAGCGGGCCAUGGUCCUGUUCGUCACCGCUCACGUCAUCAACAUCUACCCGGUACUCCGCUUCUUUCCAGUCGUAGGACGACCGUACCAAGAAUGGAUGGACCUGUCAGCUAGAACCCAUGAUUGUAUAAGGGAUAUCGUCACUCAACAUCAAAAGAGCAAGAACGUUUCCGACGCGGCCAACACUAUCGUGGACGCGUUCACCAAGAGCGUGGAGCUGGACCCGGACUCACUGCCCGAUCAGAGUCUGAUGUACCUCCUCAUUGAUCUCUUGGGCGCCGGGACGGAUACGGCUGGAAACACCUUACGCUGGGGUCUGCUGUACCUUGUGACGCAUCCCGAUGUGCAGGCGAAGGUUCAGGCUGAGUUGGACCAAGUGGUGGGGUGGGACCGUCCUCCAGUCGUCAGCGACAAGCCCAACCUGCCCUACACGGAAGCCACCAUCAUGGAGAUGCAGCGCAUCCGCACUGUGGUGCCCCUGGCCGUCCCACACUGCACCACCUCGGACACCACCCUGCUCGGCUACAACAUCCCCGCCGGCACGGACGUGCUCAUCAACCUGUGGUCCCUACACAUGGACCCGGGCCGCUGGGACAACCCCGACAAGUUCGACCCGAGCAGGUUCCUAGACGGCAACGGACAACUGCAGACAACGGAUUCCUUCUUGCCUUUCUCUACAGGUCGUCGAGUCUGCCUGGGGGAGCAACUGGCCAAGAUGGAGUUGUACAUGUUCGUCACCAGCAUGUUACAGCAGUUCACCUUCAAGCUGCCAGAGGGCGCUCAACCCAACUUCGAUGGCAUCUUGGGGGUAACGCUUCGACCAGAGAACUUCGAACUUAUUGCCCUUAGGCGUGCAUAGGUUCAUUGAUCUGUUGAAAGAUACAAUUAGUACACAGUCCAAAGGUUGACGUGAACAAUAGUGAUGAUCUUUGAAUUACUUUUAGCCGUUUGGGGAGGGUCCAGUAUAUGAACUUUCAAAUGGAGCACUGGUAUUGCAAAGCCAUGAAAAACAAUCACUACAGAGGAUGUACCUAAUACCCUCACUGCAAAGCUGAAUUUGAUAGAGUAAAAAAAAGUGGCUCUGGUACUUUAAAGACCUACAGCCAAAAGAAUGAAAUGGUACGAGUAUAUCACUCUCUGACACAUUAGUCAGUCCAGCCAAUGAGAAAGCAGGAAUAUUAAUUAAGGGUCACUGCACGUACUUAAAUCACUGCACUGAAUAUGAACUUCUCACAUGAUCAGCUGUUCUAGUGCGCACCGAAAAUGAUUUUGUCAACUUCUGUCUACGUAUCAACAUGGGAGGGCAAAUACAGCAAUUAAGUUGAAAUUCUGAUAGAUAAAACCAUGUUACCGAAUGAGAUUCUGGUCCACGAGAUUAGGAGUCUUCAACCGUCUACAGCCAACUUGGCUUUGAAGGCCGUCUGAAAAAGUG